AUGUCGGCUAAUUCUACAGACUCGUAUACGGAACUGCAGACUUUGAGGAGCCCCGGAUCUUCCACCCGCAGCCCUUGUCACGAUUCGACGCUCGCUUGUCGUCUCUCCGAGACGGAAGGUCUCGUCAGAAACCGCAACUCCUAUCAAGACGAAGUCGACGUUAGUGGCGACGAUGACGGCGUGACUGAUAUCGACCGCGAUGCAAACUUUGACACUUGCUCCGAAACAGGGUCACAGGGAGAGAUCUUCCACGAAGUUUCACUCAACGAACAGGGUGCACGCGGCGAUGUCGUCCACGGGGAUGCCAUCUGCGAGGACUUUACCUACGAGCGUCAUGAGGUUGACGAGACCGUCCCCGAGAGCUCGGUGGAGGAUACGGCGCCUCCCGGUGAUAAGAACGAGCCUGCGGCUCAUCUCGACCCCGGGAGUACCGAGGCUCCAACCUGGCGACCGACCUGGCUGCGAGUUGAAGCCCUUGUGACCUUCACCGGCAUAUUCCUUGCCAUUACCAUUGCUGUGCCUAUUCUUCUUUGGUAUUCCGAACGGAACAAUGGUAUUACGGAAUCUCGAGAGACAUUUGUGUAUGUCUGGCGGUUUGGUCCAACGGCAGUCCUGACGCUAAUUGCGGCCUUUUGGGGAAGAGUAGAGCUCCAAGCCAUGAGAUACACACCCUACAUCAUCCUGAAUGCCCACCGGGAAUCGCUCAGCGAGAAGGACUACACCCUAGACUAUAUGUCGAUGUCGUUUCCAAACGUUAUUAUCCAUUCAAUACGGCGAAAGCAUCAUCUCGUAUAUCUCACCGCUAUUGUCUCGCUCCUUCUCAAGGCCCAAAUCGCACUUAUAUCUGGUCUGCUCAGCCUCGCCGACAAUCCCCACAGCAAAGUAGACGUUAGAGUCCUAGAUUCGUUCAACUCAAGCGCCAAUGUCCCGGCAACGCCGCAUGGGAACGUGUUUUACAUCGCACAAGGGAUUCAGCACUAUGAUUUGAACUACCCCUUCGGAGUCACUGAGUCGAUUGCAUAUCAGACUUUCGAAUUGGAAGACGGCCGUGCCGGUCGUCUCAGGGGCAGUAUCGACGCUCCUUUGAAGCUUCUUGUGGACGGCUUCCAAUCGGAAUUCCAAUGCCUCAAGUUGGAGAAUUACUCGGGGACGCUAAGCAUGGACGUUGACGACGACGACGGCCUGGUCUUCGCCACGAUCGACAUGGAUCUUCAUUUCGGCGGGUGUGGAAGCGUUCUGCGCGGUUACGCAGCAACGAUGUUUGAGGAAGGGCUUGUCAGGACCAGAUUCAUGGAUCAAAAAAACGUAAGAACGAAGUCCCAAGCAUGCCCAGAACUACCGCAACAAGACAAGCAAUUCAUGAUCAUCACGGGGAUCGCAGAGCGGUCCGAGGAUAGCUCCUCCGCGAAGCUUACAUCGGCUGCUGGCGUCAUCUGUUCGCUAAGCUCAUGA